CUUCUGCUUUGCUUCGCCUUGUUCUUGCCCCUGCUUGUCACACUGUCGCCCGGCCAUUGUUUUGCUGCACGCCGUUGCAUUACGCUAGUGCUCGUCUACACAGCUCAUCCGUGGACGCCGGUCGACUGCCUGCAGCCAACAGGCCUGCUCGACGUCGACGGUCGACCCCCGGCGAGCACGUGCACAAUGCACCCCUCUCUAUGACAUGCGUGCAUCUGUCCCCUGUCCUCUGCACGCCUCGGCGGCCAGAGCAAUCAAGGCCAAGUCGACGGUGCCGCGGCAGAGCUUCUCCCUGGCCGAUGUCAAGACCACGCCGCCGACGGAGGUGGUCCGCAGCACCAAGGCCAACCUCGGCAACACGCACGCAAGGGCAACACGGGCAACAAGGGCCGCAAGCAUACCCACGCCACCAAGUGCAAGAUGUCGGCGGCCCACAACGGCAAGAAGUACACCCACGAGACCAAGGCCAAGAUGCCGGCAGCCAAGAAGCGUUGCGUCUAGAGAACCCCUCCCCCUUAACACAGCAGCGGAGAUGCAGGAAGCCACUCGCGCCAGCCUCAAGCAGGCUCAAGCGGCCUGGUCGUGGGCCUGGUCUCUGGGUUAACCGCGGCCUUCAGGCCCUCCUCGUCCAGGCGCACUGGCUUCAAUUGUUCUCGCUAUAAUAAUGACAUUGUCACUCACUCGGCUGUGGCUGGCUGAAGAGCGGAGUGGACAAGGACUGAGUACUUGCCCCGCUUAAGACAAGGAC